UCCAACAUGGCUCAGGUGCGGGUGGGAUGCUUUUGAUCUCUAUAACGAAAGGCUUGUUUGACGUUUCUAAGCUGACGAUUCUCGCCCAGGUAAAGUCAUUCGUUUACCAUAUACGUACUUUUCAACUUGAUUCGUGUUAUUACUAGAGAGGGACUUGUCUAAACCCUCGUGGCUGAGUGCUUCGGUCAGCACUUCCUGUUUGUUGAAGAGAUGCUCGUAUUUUUCGAAUUGGAGCUCAUAGUUACUCUUGAUAUCGCUAUAUUUAGUAGUUUUCGAUGCUGAAUCACUUAUUCGUUAUCAUUUUUUCGAAUUUUAGUAGAUUCGCUCGGUCAAUAGGUUAUUGCUUCGGUCAGCACCUUCGGCAAGUUUGUUGAAGAGAUGCUCGUAUUUGGCAAAAAUUUGGGUAAAAUUUCCGCACAGCCCCAUACUAUUGUAAAACAAAUCUGUUUUCCCAAUGGCAAUGUAUUGUUUUAGUCAUUGUUUUCUCUAUUCAAGAACUGAAUGCAUAAUGAAGUAUGGGGCUGUGCGGAAAUUUUACCCUGUGCGAUCGAAAUAGCGUAGUGGCCUAAAUUCAUUUGGGCUUCCAAAUCGGAAAUGUGUUUUUCAAAGUAGUUGAUUAAAAUUAAUUUUCUAGUUUACUCCUGGCUCGCUGUAAAUUACAUGAUACAUUCCUUCAUUUUGAGCCUAAAGGAGAAGUAUUUUACUUUGAGCGUGAUACUCUCGCAAACAAAUUUAAUAUUAUGUUCUCAGUCUGAAACUAUUGUUUCUUAUAGCAAACUGCUGCUUUUGUCAUGUCAGCACGAAAUUAAUUAUCCUUUUAAAUAUAAUUUGCUCUUAGUUCCCUUUGAACCUGCUUGAAAGUCUUUCCAGCAGUGGAAAUGCUCACUUAGACUAAAGUAUGCCAAAGCAACUUCAUAUUUGUUUUCACAAUUUUCGGGGGGAGUAUGUUCCCAUUCCCCCUCAGAAGGGUGGUGCCUGUGGCAUCCCAUUUGUAGGCUAACUGCAAGUGAAAAUCUCAGUCUUGAAGGUAGCAAAGGGAGGUCCUGCAGUGUGAGUUUUGUAGAAUUCUUUAGGUUCCCCCCACUCCACUUGACUUUUAACCCUUAACACCCUAAGACAUUGGUAUUCAUAUUCUCCACACUGUUCUCUUUACAUUUCCUAUGGAACAGACAAGGAGAAUUUAUCAAAGAAGUAUAUUUGAUAGUGAAACAAAUAGAAAAGUCAGUUUAGAACAUAAGAACUACACCAGUUAUUUAAUAGGUGUUUUAAUUGAUGAAAAUCUUUCUUAGAAAAACCAUGUUGACUGUGUUAUUGCUAAAAUAAGAAAGACCAUACAAAUGAUUGCUUAGGUGGGGUAUGUUAUUCCAUCAUCUGUCCUCAUAAAUAUCUAUAAAUCCUUAAUUUUAACUAAUAUAGCAAUUGACUCACUGCUUGGGGCAAUGCAUCUAAAAAAUAUAUUGUAAACAAAAUUGGUCUCCAAAAGUGAGUGUUGUGGUUUAUCUACUUUCCUGACAGUAAAGAACAUGCUAUUCCCUAAUUUAUAAACGCAAAAAUUCUACCUAUUAUCUUCUUACAUUAGGAAGCUGUAUGUAAAUUAAUGCUUGAUUUUCACAACAAAAGAGCACCAUCUAACAUUAUGAAAAUUUUUGUGAGAAUGAACAAUUACACCUAUACUUACUCAUCAACAUCACAACUCUUUAGGAUUAAAUACUCUAGUUGUCAAAAUCUGGAAUGAGAUGGGUAAUGAAUAGAAAAAUUUGUUGAGGAAAUCCUUCAAAAAAGAAACAAAAAAGCUGGUCUCAAUAUUCUAGUGACUGAAAAUUCUUCUGUUGAGCCUGAUGAGAUAAUGGUUAAAUUCAAACACUGCAAAAUUGAGGCAAAUUAAACUUGCAGUUGUACAAUAUCUUUGGUGCACUUAGAUACUCAACAACUUUUUAUCUUUUACAAUGAAUGUCCUUCAUUUUCCUUUUUCUUUUCUUGUGUAUCUUUUAAUCUCUUUUAUGUAAUAUUAUCUUGUUUACUGCCAGUAAAAUUUGCUAAAAAUUUUCAAAAUUUCAUUUUUUCUCUUAAGUUGGAGAAACUAGUUUUAACCACUUAAAAGCUUAAUUUGCCAAACAAAAAUCUUAGAAAGGAGGCGAGAUAUGGCUGGAAGAAUCUCUUAGGAAACCUUUCCUGAAGAACAAAAGGUGUCAUAAACAGAAAGGCCUCCAGCAGUGUGUUGAUGUUUUCUGCAGGCUUUCAUCCAGGAUCUCAAUUUGCAUACAUUGUUUACAACACAUCUUGCACUGCAUAUUCACUGGGAAUCUCUUACACAUUUUGCAAAAUGUUGAGUUAUGAGAGGCUUCAUCAAACAGCCUAAAACAGUCAACUAAAAGUUGGUAAAGAGAGCCCAAGCCAAAGAAAUUGAAGUUAAUUGGUUCAUUUUCCGUGGCCCCAGCUUGCUUGAUGAUGUUUGAAUUAUGUUUAAUUUACGUUUUCUUUUCAUGAAAUGACCUUUCAAAUUUCAAAGGAGUUCUUUGUCAGGAGGCUUGACAGGGGCUUUCAUGUUGUGUUUCAUUGGUCAGCAGCAUGACUGCAUUGACACGUGCAGUAUUUCACAUUGUCCAACCUCACAAUAGAUUUUCACAGGAACUAAUAAGAAUAUAGAAAUUGCCUCAGACACCUCGUUAGCCUGGAAGGCACCCUAUUUUGUUGACAGCAAUCCUAAGUAAAAAAUUGCCCUGCCUGGAUUAGCAUCUGCUAUCUGCUAGUCAAAAGAGUAUUUUCUAUUUGAAUAUGAGAAAAUAGAUAAAGCGUAACAUGAGAAAUUCAGAAACUUUUUAAAUUUUGAUGAUCUCCUUAAUUCUUGUGACCCAUUACUUUUGAUUCAAGGGUGAUACUGUAAGGAGAAAUUAGAAGCCAAUCACAGCCUGUAAUCUGCUGAGUAAUACUGUCCAGUUUGUUUUGAGGUCUGGGGUAAUGUGGAGGCCAGGAAUUCAGUAAAGCAAACACCAUCAAUGUUGUGUUUAAGUGUUUACAUGUGCCUACCAAAACAAAAACUGUGAAAAGUUUUGCUAUUUCUAUUAUCUUUACUUUAUAAGCUUUACUGUGAUGUAUUUUUUCUGAGAUUUCUGUUACAAUCUAAUCACAUGUUUGGCAUCAAGUAAAGGGAUAUCAAAUAUUGUGUAAUAGAGUGCAUGGAAGUUUUCUGUGUUCCAUUUGACUUCAUCUUUGAUUAAACUAACCAUUAUCUACAGAAGGUCUCUGUUUAUUACAGUUUCUUUAAUUGUAGCAUGAGUAGGACAAUUUUCCCCAAAGGCACCCAAUUUUGUUGAUAGUAAUCUUGAGUAAAAAAUUGCCCCACCUGGAUUAGCAUCUGCUAUCUGCAGGUUGAAGGAAUAUUUUGUAUAUUGAAUAUGAGAAAAUAGAUAAAGUGUGACAGGAGAAAUUCAGGAACAUUUUAAAUUUUUGAUGAUCUCCUUUAUUCUUAUGACCCAUACAUUUGAUUCAAGGUUGAUACUGUAAGGAGAAAUUAGAAGCCAAUCACAGCUCUUAGAGGUUAAAGGGUUAAAAUGGAAGAUGCCUCAAACUUAUUCUAUUGAUCUGUUACGUGAUAUUUAACUCAUUUUUUGAGUGCUUUAGUAUUCUGAUGUUUCAAAGUUAUAACAAAGUAAUGAUUUUUGUGUGUGCUCUGUAACGUUGCCUUCUUUGUAUUAAGUACAAGCAUUUCUUUGCAGAGGACUUGUUUUCAUGGCUUCUGCUACCCCAUCACAUCCUACUACCCAAGAGACCUCUAAUUAUGCCUGGCUCUGUUUCCUUCUUGUUGAAGUUGGAUCACAUGUGCUAAGGGAGAUCUUUGACAGGAUAUAUCCACCAGGAAAUCUUCACACAGUUCUGACUGAUCCCAGAAAUCAUGCCAAAUUGCAAACACUUUGAAAGAAGAGAGUCCUGACUACCUCCUAGUAGCACAAACUGUAUCCUGUCAUCAAAUCACCAGUUUCCUCAGGGAGCUUUGACACCCCCCUACUGCUAUUUCUUCUGAGGAAUAUCUGGGGUCUGACUCUCCCUGCCCCUGGCCAGGAUGACCUUCCUCUGGUAACAGACACCACUCCAGCAGCUGACAUCACUCACAUCAAGAUCCUUAGAGACAGAGUUUACAGCUGUGUUACUAGUGGUUCAGUUGAUGAUCUAACUUUCAGUUGCUACUGGAAUGAUAUCAAAGACACCUUUCAGCGUAUUGGAGGGGCACACUAUCAGGAUGUUAUCAAUGAUCUUAAAACUGAUUUUAUGGAUACUGAUUUUGAGGAGGACUACCAGGAGCUUUUUAAAGAGUGGUUGAAGGAUGAAGACUGUAUCACAGACAAAUUACAUAAAAAUGAAAUGGUAAAAAGGCCAGGAAUGAGGAUGACCUCGAGGGUUCCAUUGCGAUAUAUGAACAAAAUUCAGGAAAGGAAGGUUUGUGUGAUUUACUUUUGUUGAUCUUAAGGUUUAAAAUUCCUCUUUUGUAUCAAUAAUGUUAGAUAUUGUGGAUCAUGAAAUAAAAGGAUUUACUUCCAAUAUUUUUGCUUGGAAAGUCAUAGGUACAUUGUAUAUACUGGUAAUAGUAAAGUUUUGUCUUUUUUUUUCCUUGAUGAUGUGAAUGAAUAUUAUUCUAUGAAAAAUUCAUAACUGAGAUAUAAUUUUUACUGAAGAUGAUAGAUUUAAGUCCUAAUUAUUUGAGUGAAAGAUGAUGUUACUCAGUGAAUGACACCACCAUGCAAACUCAGAGAAAAAAGGGAAGCAAUCAGAGGUGUUUUUUUUCUUUAAGUGUGUCUGUGUUAUUUUGCACUGUUUUAUCAGUUAGUGUGGGCUUAAAAUGUUUUCUGCUGCGUCAAGGAUGCAUUGACCUAAUUACUAUUCAUAACCGGUUUUUGUUUCUUUUCCUUCAUUGUCUUUUGGUUUUCAUUCAGAUCUGCUAAUAACUUCUAAAAAAUGAAUGGAAACAAAAAAAAAAAAAUUAAAAACAACACUCUUCUUUUUCAGAGACAGUCAUGAUACCAGGGGAAAAUACAUCAGCACAGAAUAGCAAUGCAAGCCCACCAGAGCUCAAUGUUACACUUCCAUUGAUGAGUGAUCUUCCUGAAACCUCUUUUGCUUGGAGCAAUGUUGAACUUCAUGUUGAUAUUCUUUUAUUAACAGUGGAGGACUGUGAGUUCUUAAGCUGCUUUGCCUACCUCAAGGAACUCUUUAAGAGUUACCACAAUAGUACUGGCCCUUUGUACUUUGGGUGCAUGGGUGAUUAUCAUGGAAAGAAAAUGAAAAUUGCACUGAUGAGGUGCUCCAAAGGUCCUGAUGUUCCUCGAGGUUCUUUGUCUGCUUCUAAAGAUGCCAUCUUACUACUGAGACCUGAGGCUAUUUUUUCUGUUGGUGCCUGCAGUGGUUUAAACAGCGAAAAGGUCAAGUUAGGAGAUGUGGUUGUUUCAGCAAAGCUGAUAACAGCUGCACACAAAACUCCCCCCAGCAGAGAUAUUAGUAACCUGAUCAAACAUGUGGCUGAUGGGUGGAAGGCACCUUUACAAAAUGCUGAUGAAUAUGAUGCCAAAGUGCAUUGUGAUGGAGUGGUUCUGAGCAUUUCAGAAGCAAACAGAGACAUGAUUAGGAAACAUCCUGAAGCAAUUGCAGUUGAAAUGGAAGGUGGAGGUGAGAAUCAUAAUAAUUCAAAUAACUGAUGAGCGAAGAACUUUUGCACUUGAAGCUAGUGUUAUGAAAAAACACUUAUCUGGUAUUGUCUCUGCUGGUUCAAGAAACAGAUAUACCAUAUAGGAUGCCAAAUUUGAAGGAAUUAUAUAUAAUGGUGAUUUUUAAAUUAUGUUUGGCUGGGGUAGGAAGAUUUUUCUACAGGUGAAGGUGACUGAGAUAUAUUCUGGUUAACUAAAUUGAAUGUGCUCCAUCAGGAUGUCAUGAACUGUUUUAAAUCUGUCCUCUAAAAAAUGUUGAAAGUAUCCUAUGAAAUAGUUUUAGAGUUGAGGAAUGUGUAGUAUCAGUCCCUGUUAACCCUAAAACUCCCAUGAGUGACCAAGACAGAGUUUCUCCUUACAGUAUCAAUAUGAUAUCAAGCAGACAAGUAGUGGGAAAACAAAAAAAAAGUCAAUUAGAGAAUUAUUGGUAGAUCCAAAACCAAAUUCUCCCAACUACGCCACCUGUAACAUCAUAGGAAUUGUAUGACAGAUGCUAAAGAGAAUUACCAAAGAGAUCUUAGGAGUGAAAGGGUUGACUCUAGCUGACAAAAAUUUGUCUUUUGAGUAAUACUGAAAGUUACUUAUGAAACAAGAUGUACAUUUUUUUAAUUACUGGUUGAAAAAAAAUUAGAUUUGGUACUAGCCAAUGUCUUUCUGGGAUGUGCAUGUGUACGAGCAGGUAGAUUGUGAAUCUUUGUAAGCUUUCAUUGAACAAUUAUUUUAAGGAUUCUACCAAAAUUAGCAAUAUAGUUAACAGACAUGAGUGUUUUUUUUGUUGAAGGAGUGUAUGCGGCAGCCCACUUAAGACAGAAUGGGUGGUAGUCAAGGGCAUCAAAGACUUUGUGGAUGAAACACUGUCUUCAAGUAAGAAAUGA